CGUCUGGGAUUAAUUUUAGAACGCGAGGGACAAACGCGAUCCCGCUUUUCGUUCGCGACUAGUCCGCGGCGUACGAUGCCCCAGUGCCGGUAAAACGUUCGCCGUUCGCCAUCCACACAUAUCCGGAUAACGAGUGACCGUCGUAAUCUGUUAGAGGCCAGAGAACACCAGCCAUGGAUCCCGAGGGUUUCCUGGACAUCGCCAACCAGGUGGUUAAGCUGAAGAUGUUCCCGUACUUCGACAUCGCCCACUGCACGCUGUGUGCGUUGUCGGUGCGCGAGGACCUGGGCAGCGGGGCACAAGCAUUUUCUCGUAAACACCCAUUAGCAUGUUGGUUAUCUUACAUGUUGGUAGUGUUUGCUGGGGGCAUGGUAGCUAACGGACUCCUUGCAGAACCAAUCCUCGGGCCUCUCAAGAACACCCCACAACUUAUCGUAGCAUCCAUCGUGUGGUAUGUAGUUUUCUACACGCCAUUGGACCUGGGCUAUAAAUUGGCCAAAUUCUUGCCGGUCAAAAUAGUAUUUUCGGCCAUGAAAGAAAUAUAUAGAUGUAAAAAAGUAUAUGAUGGUGUUUCACAUGCAGCCAAACUUUACCCUAACGGUUACCUUAUUAUGAUCAUUAUCGGAACAAUCAAAGGAAACGGCGCCGGAUUCACCAGACUUUUGGAAAGGCUAAUGCGUGGAGUUUGGACACCAACCGCUAUGGAAUUCAUGCAACCAAGCUUCUAUACCAAAGCAUCGUUGGUUGCGUCAAUCAUCUUUAUUCUGGAUAAGAAGACAGAAUUGAUCUCAGCCCCACACGCAUUAGUCUACUUCGGAAUUGUAAUUUUCUUCGUUUACUUCAAAUUGUCGUCGAUCCUUCUCGGCAUCCAUGAUCCCUUUAUUCCGUUUGAAAAUCUAAUGUGUGCACUUUUCUUCGGUGGAAUUUGGGACAGUUUAGCCAAGAUUUUCGGCAGAGGUCAACUUAAAGAAAACGAGGCCAAGGAUGCGAAGAAAACCAAUUGAACUGUUCACUUACACGUAACAAAUUAGAUAUGAUUAGUGCGGAAUAUUGUAUCUAAGCUGUUUUGUGUAACGUGACGUAAAUUCUAUAUUCUUACCAAAAUUGUACCAAAAUGUUUUGUUUAGAAUAAAUUGUUUUAUCUGUUGCGAAA